UACUGUUGUCUGAUUUUGCGUUCCCAGGUGAACAUGGACGACCGGUUCGGACAGAUCAUGAUCGAAAACCUGCGGAGGCGACAGUGUGACCUGGCGGGAGUGGAGACCUGCAAGUCGUUAGAGUCACAGAAAGAACGGCUCCUGUCGAAUGGGUGGGAAACAGCAUCAGCCGUCAACAUGAUGGAAGUCUACAGCAGAUUGCCUCAAGCUGAAGCGAGCAGAAUAGAGUCACUUGAAUUCCUGGAUGAAAUGGAGCUGCUUGAACAGCUCAUGAAACAUUACUGCCUUUGUUGGGCAAGCAAAGGAGGAAGUGAACUAGGUUUGAAGGAAAUCACUUACUAAUCUAUUGGAAGCCCAGGCCGAGCUGGGAGCUGCUGCCACCAACCUUCCCAGAGUGGACUGGCCACGUUUCCUGGGCGGUGGCCAGCCCUGGGCUCGUCCCACACCCUGACAGACCUCACUUCCCAGGGCUGUCGCACUACCUGCUGUGCCCGUUGGCUUACCGUUUAAAUAAAUCUCUGUUGCCAAUUGC